CAAAACAAAAAAACAAAAGAGCCUUCUUUCACUUCCUGGUUCUUCUCUUCAUCCUCUGUGCCUCAUCAGGAAGAUCGUUUCCUACUCCUCGGCGGCAACUGUCUGAGAAGCGAUGAUGGAGUCCACCGAGAAGAAGGAGGUGGAGAUCAAGGCCUCCUCCGUCCCUCCUCCGCCGCUGGUCGCUGGCCCUCCUGGAGGCGACGCUGAUGUCGAUGCUGAGGACCGGGAGCGCUACGCCCGCGAACUGAAAGCCGGUCUCCAUCCUCUGAAGCACAAGUUUGUGUUUUGGUAUACACGAAGGACACCAGGUGUGCGGACACAGACUUCUUAUGAGGAUAACAUGAAGAAGAUCGUGGAAUUUAGCACGGUUGAAGGUUUUUGGGUUUGCUAUUGCCAUUUGUCUCGUCCUUCAUCUCUUCCAUGUCCGACAGAUUUGCAUCUCUUCAAAGAGGGCAUCCGACCACUUUGGGAGGAUUCUGCAAAUUGCAACGGUGGGAAGUGGAUUAUACGAUUCAAGAAGGCUGUUUCUGGUCGAUUCUGGGAAGAUUUGGUCCUAGCAUUGGUUGGUGAUCAACUUGAUUAUGGAGAAAACAUAUGUGGUGCUGUGCUAAGCGUUCGUUUCAAUGAGGACAUCUUGAGUGUGUGGAACCGGAAUGCAUCUGAUCACCAGGCUGUGAUGGCUUUGAGGGACUCUAUAAAGCGACACUUGAAGCUGCCGCACACCUACCUAAUGGAGUACAAGCCACACAAUGCUUCUCUCCGUGAUAACUCAUCAUACAGGAACACAUGGUUGAGAGGCUAGAUGGAGAUGGGUACCUCUUUAAAACAUUGAUGUUUCCUGUGCCUAUAAGCCCAGGAAACUCAGUAGUCUCUGAUUUCAUGAGAGAACAUGGUCUUUAAAAGGGAAAUUUUAUGGUAACACUAUUUAGGGUGUAACAGCGUUUGGGGUUACUAGUUGUUUUUUAUCUUUAUUUGUCUCCUCUACAAGUUCCCAGGCAACGGGCUGGGUACGAGGAAAAGUAAAUGUUACAUGUUGAAAGAUUCACAAGAGUGGACAGGUUGUUCGGGGUUGGGGUGACACUUCUGGUACUUGAUAGGGUGGGAUUUUUGUUUGGAGAAUGAAUGUGAAAUGUUGGGGGUAAAUUUCUUAGGUGCGUACCAGGCAUUUCUUAUAUUUCAAUUUGUAUGGACACUGAGCUUUGAUUUGUUUGCACUGACAAGGUAAUUAAAGUAUUCUGGUGAGAAUCUGGUGA